UCUUUGCAUUAAUUCAUAAUUUCCUGUCUAUCUUUAUCUUCAUUAUUUCUCUGGCAACCUUCAACUCUCUCUCUCUCUCUCUCUCUCUCUCUCUCUCUCUCUAAUUUUAGCCUGUGAAGAUCGCUCAUUGAGAAAACAUGUCUCAGUACAAUCAGAACCAGCCUCGAGCAAAAACUCCCGUACCUGCAGCUCCGAUGACAGCUCCCAACUAUGGGGCUCCACCUUCUGAUGCCGAUGCAAUCAAACAUGGCCCACCAUACCCAAACUAUGUUCCUCCUCGACGUAAUCAUGAUGAGAAAACCUUCUCCAAGGGUGAUGGCUUCUGGAGGGGAUGUUGUGCUGGCUGGUGUUGCUAUUGUUGCUUAGAUAUGUGCUUCUGAUGAGGAUUACUAGAGAACUCAAGAGAGCAAGCACUAUUUUAAGUAUCAUAUGUGUAUAUUUUUCGUUUUAAUCCUAAGUUCUAAUUAUUAGAUCUUGUUAGACAAGUAUGUAAAAGAGGUAACGGCUCGCACAUUUUGUAUAUUUAUGCUUUCGGAAAAUGCUUAUAUGAAUCUUGAUUAUGC